AUGCAGUCCACACUGGGAUCUGAUCUUGAAAGGUCUCAAGAUUUAUGCCCGUCGGCACCAUGCGCCCUUUGGCCAGUGGACCUCAAGUUAACGCACUUGGACUGGAACCCUGAAGCAAUCCUGAUACACUUCCAGGGACAGUACCUUACCAUAUGUGAACUUGACUACAGUAUCUUGCAGGGAGAAAUACAGAAUGUACCAAAGAGUAAAGCUGAAGUGGAUAUCGGAGAGUUUUGCCUCGUGGAAGAUUUGACUUCAGCUCGCUGGUACAGAGGAAGAGUUCAGAAACGACGGGACGACUUCUUUGAUGUUUUCCUCAUUGAUCACGGUAACGUGUUGACUGUCAGUGCCACAAACGUUUCUUCCUGUUCAAAUGACCUGUUCAUCCUGCCUCCGAAAAUAGUUUGCGGUUUUCUUGCUAAUGUGCUGCUUCUUCAGAGUUGUUCUCACUCUGUGGUUGAGGAGUAUUUCUCAAGUCUGAUCGGCAGAAAUAUCAACGGUUAUAUUCAAGCACUGCUUCCCCACAAAGUCCUUCUACUAGAAGCCCCUGACAUCAACACCGGCUUAGUUACACAUGGCUUUGGGAGAUAUGUGGACACUGAUACAUUUCUCUUCUUGGUAGAGAUACUUACAGAGAUGCCUCUCAAACAGAAAAUAGAGCCAGUUCCUGACUUACUCAUUGAAAAGCCAAGGGGACAAGAAGUUUGUUUUAAACCAUCAGGUUUGCAGGGAUAUGAAGGCAUUUUUUCACUCUAUGGACCAGCCUUGUGUUGUGGGACACGAGCUAAAGUAAGAGUAACUGCGGCUGUCAGCCCUGGGCUGUUUUACUGUCAGAUGGCCAGUGUGGAAGCAGAGCUCUGGGAAAUGUCAAAGAAGUUAGCUGCAUCGUGUGAAUGCAGACCUAAAGAAAGUUAUCAGAUGACUCCAGAGAACCUGGGUUUAUUGUCCUCAGCUAAAAGCAAAGAUGGGAGAUGGUACAGAGGCUUGGUACAGUUUCUCCCAGGCAGUUCUUGGGUUAGAGUCUUGUUUGUUGACUAUGGAUUCUUUGAAUCGGUCACAGUUGAAAACAUCCACAGGUUGGCACCUGAAUUGUAUUCAACGCCAAUUAUGUCAUUCCCGUGCUCUCUGGCAUGCUUGACUGAUGAGGAUAAGGCCAUCAAAACUCAGCAGUUGUGUCUCCUGAAAUCAGGCUUACUUGGAGGACGAUUACACAUGGAGAUCACUAGAUACGAUGAAGAACACCACCUGUACUGUGUCACUAUAAUUAGUGCUGAAGAUGAAGGUGUGGAAGAUCCGGAGCCUGUCAGAAGGUGUCCAGUCAUGAAGGUUGAGUCCGUUUCUGAGGCUGAAGAGCAGGGUGGCUUCUUGUACCAUGAAACAAUCAUGGGCGAAACACUGGGGCAAACACUGAAGGUAGAAGAGGUCCAGGUAGACUCCGUGUUUGUGGGCUAUGUUGAACAUGUCCAAAAUCCAAACCAUUUCUGGAUUAGAACACAAAAACGCAAUGAGGAGUUUGAAGAAAUGAUGUCAAAGAUGGCAGAACACUUCCAACAUGUGAAGCUGGAUGAAGAUGUACUGUUAAAUCCUAAGCUUGGAACACUGUGCUGUGCGGUUUAUGAGGGAGACAUGCAUUUUUAUAGGGGUGUAGUGACAGACGCUCUUAAGCACGGAGCUGAAGUUUUGUUCAUCGAUUUUGGGAACAUUGAGAAAGUGCCACACAUGCUGAUCAAGAAGAUUCCUGAGUCAUUUGCCCGCAAGGCAGCAUUUGCCAUUUGUUGUACUCUUUCUAAUGUUUUUCCUGUUGAGGACAUCUGGACAAGUUCAGCCUCUGAUUCCUUCAGAAGAGCUGUGUCAAACAAAGCCUUGCUAGUCCAUGUCGUACAAAUGAGAAAAAACAAAUUUGUUGUUGACCUUUUUGAGAUGGGAAGUGGCAACAAUCAGAGUAUUACUGAGCUCCUGGUCUCUUCCAAGCAGGCUGAAUACAUUCUGAAAGGGCACUUGGCCCAAAAAAGGACAGAAAAGACAAGGUGCCCCCAAAGUAAUGUGAAAACAAACAUCACUGAGGAUAAGGGGCAAUGGCAGCAUUGUAAGGAAGAAGAGAAGGCAUCGAAUAAUGAACCUGAGAAAGGUCAACCUCUUGCUAGCAUCAAGCCAUUAAAUAUCAAGCCUGGGUGUGAGUUGACUGUGCACUGCUCUUAUAUCAGCUCUCCAUCGGAUUUCUGGUGCCAGCCUCAAGACAUGGUUCCAGCUUUGGAAGAACUGAUGGAUAAAAUUCAGCAGUAUUAUUCAACUCAUUGGGUUCCCCUAGAGUCAGGAGAUUCAUGCUGCAUUGCCAAGUCACCUCAAGAUGGACGAUGGUACAGGGCCUUAAUCACUGCAAAACAGAGAAGCAAUGCCACAGUAACGUUGGUUGAUUAUGGGAAUACUGUCCAAGUCAGUGAACACAUUCUUCAAGCAAUAAUGCCAGAAUUUAUUUAUUUGGAAGGACAAGCUUUCAGGUGCAGCCUUUACGACUUAAUUGAACCUGCUGACCCUAAGAACUCUGGGAAUUGGAGUCCAGAAGGGUGUAGGUUGCUGAAAGAUUUUGUCUUCAGCAGCACUGGAGCUCUAAAAUGUAAAGUUGUCUCCCAGUUAUAUGUGAAAAACAAGGGGCUGUGCAAUGUUGUUGAUCUCUACAACAGCCAAACCCAGCAGAGUGUGACAGAUACGUUCACAGAACAAGGCCUGGCAACACGAGUGACGGCGUCAACGAGGCAACAGCGAGCAGUGUUUCCGGAAUCUUUUAUCUACUCUUCACAUGAUCUACACCCAGGAAAUGAGGAACAAAUGUAUGUCACCUACGUUAACAGUCAGUGGGAGGUCUACUGCCAUCUUGAAAGAAACACUGACAUUAUUGUUGAGCUUGAGAAGAAAAUCUCAGAGGAGAGUAAACACAUGAUGCAAGUUGAUACAAGAGCUGUUGUAAGCAAAAUGUGCCUGGCAAGAUACUUUGAUGGCAAAUGGUACCGCGGUGUAGUGCAUCCUAUUCAUUCACCUCUGCAUUUCAGUGUGUUUUUUGUGGACUAUGGAAACACAAGCAUAUCAGAGAAGACCAAAGUCAUGUUCAUCCCCAGAGACUCAUCAGAUUUGUUGUACACGCCCAUGCAGGCCGUGAGAUGUUGUCUCCAUUCAGUGUCCAAGAAAGAUGUGUAUGCAGAUGUUAAGGAGUGGCUCAGUAGUGCAGUCCUCAACAAGCAAGUGAAAGCUGUCAUACUUGGAAAGAAUGAAGAUGGUUCAUUUGAUGUCGAAUUAUUUGAUGGAGACAUGAACAUCAAUGAGAAGGUGAAGGAGCUCAUUCUCAGUCUUUCAUGUAAGCCCAAGACUGCUGUUAGAUUUGAGAUGAUCAACAGAAAACAGAAAACCUCCUGCAAACGAAACACAAAGUCUUCGUUCAAAAGCAAGAGUCAUCCUAAAGUGUAUUCAAAUCUUUCGACAUUGUCCACUGUCCACAGAGGUACUAAAAAGAGAGAAAACACAAAAACCCUUGUUGGUGGGAGAACUCAAAACAAGAACACAAGAGUGAGAACACAGAAUGAGGGCACAUUGAACACCCGUGCCUCUGUGAAAUCGCAGAACAAUCAAGUGAAACAAAGACAGGAACAGAAGCAAGCCCAACAGAAAGAGGCAAAAGAAAUACCCCUUGUCCUGCCUGACAAGAAGAUAUGUGCAGGCUUCAGGGCAAAGUGUUUCGUUUCCCACGCAGACUCCAUUUACAGCUUUUUUCUUCAGCUGUCAGAGGAUGAACCUGCCAUCUUGGAAAUGGGUGAAGCUCUCAACUCAAGUACCCUCAGAGAAUCCUUGAAGAUGCCUCCAACCUUAAGAAUCAAUGACAUUGUUUUGGCUGAGUUUGAGGAGGACGGUGCCCUUUAUCGUUCAGUUGUGAAGAACUUUGCAGGCAAUUCAUGUUUCAAAGUUGAGUUUGUGGACUAUGGAAACUCGGCAGUCGUUGAGAAGAAAAAGAUCUUCUCUAUACCAAAGGAGCAUCUGUCACAUCCGAGAUUCAGUAUACCAUGCUCGCUGCUGGAUCCAAGCACAUUCAGAAAUGAUGUGGCUUUCACUGAUGCAGUAAUGGAGAAGCCACUGAUGGUUGAGUUCAUAGAGCAAUGUGGAACCAAGUGGGACAUUAAGAUUAAGGUUCUUGAUGGAGAAGUGGGCCUUAAUGCAGGACCUGUAACUGAAAGGGAGGAUGAGUCUCCUAAUUCUGAAGCUAAUGAGAAAUUGAGGUCCCACAAACAGAAUAACCAAAGAGAUGAAGCAUGCAAGAAUGAAAUAAGGUCUGAAAUAAAGAUUACUACUGUCAAAUGUGAAACAUUCACGCCUAAACCACCAUCUGUUAAGGUGUUAGUGCCGAUGAGGAUGAAAACUUACAGGUGUCGUAGGAUAAGAGUUAAGAGUAACAAGAGUAAGACGACAAAGAGAUUUGGAAAUGCAUCCCUUACCCCAUCUAUUCAAGCCAGAGACUCAGAGAAUGGAAUGCUUUUGUCGGUCCAGAGUAAUGGCUGCUUUUACUCAUAUUCUGGCUUUGCUGCUGCAAUUAAGACUCCUUCUGACUUCUGUGUGUCUCUAGAGGAUUUGCUUCUAGUAACGAACAAAGUGUCAGUUGAGCUGGAUGACCUGCCCAGCCAAUUGAUACCUCUUCCUGAAGACCACAUUGCCCCUGGCACCUGCUGCCUACUAAAAUCAGAUUCCAGGAAUAAGUGGUGUAGGGCUGAAAUCGUCCACGUCAACACCACGGUGGUCCUAAACCUAGUGGAUUAUGGCCAUUAUGAAUGCAUGCCAUAUGAUGACUGCUCCAAUCUGAAAAAACUUCCAGUCAAGAUAACAACCCUCCCAAAGGUCACUUAUUCCUGCAUCCUGAGAGGUGUGAAGCCAGCUGGAUUGGAUGGUCAGUGGCCUGAUGAGGCAGUGGUCUUCUUCCAGCAAUGUUUGUAUGAGAAGAACCUCCAGAUCUUCUUCAGAGAGUUUGUGUCAAACACACACUGGAAGGUGGACAUUCUUGUAGAUGGCGUCCAUGUUGCCAAGGAGCUGGUGGAUGCUGGACAUGCCAGCUAUGUCGAUGUCAUGCUAGGACUCAGGUUCCUGGAGCAAAACCCCUUUAGAGCUCAUUCCAGUGACAGUGAGGAGCAGUGUGGGCCGGAAGAGGAAGGCUCUUGUGAAGCUUGAGUCCAC